CCGUUAGUCGUCAUCAUCAGAUCUAAACAAAUAACAAAUGAGCACCGAGUUUUUCAUGCUCUUAUCUCUUCAUAUUUAAAUAGAGUUCUUCCGAUUCCGUGAAAACAAAGUUGUUAAUUUUAAGAUUUCUAUUUCAUUUGUGUUUUAUAACUACUGAAUUGUCUAUAAUGUCUGGAAAUGUGCUUAAUUUUAAUGUCGGUAUUCUUGGUCACAUUGAUAGUGGUAAGACAUCACUUUCCAAAGCACUAAGCACAGUUGCGUCAACAGCAUCGUUUGAUAAAAAUCCUCAAAGUCGAGAAAGAGGUAUCACAAUAGAUUUAGGAUUUUCUUCUUUUAAUGUGCCUGUGCCAGAUCAUAUAAAAAGCGACAACCCUUCACUUGAAACACUGCAAUUUACUCUAGUGGAUUGUCCUGGCCAUGCAUCUCUUAUUCGGACAAUCAUUGGUGGAGCGCAAAUUAUUGACAUGAUUAUGCUGGUAGUGGACGUCACUAAAGGUAUUCAAACUCAAACCGCUGAGUGUUUGAUUAUAGCUGAAAUAACCUGUAAUCACAUGAUUGUUGUUUUAAACAAAAUCGAUCUUAUUGCUGCCGAUAAAAGAGAACAAACAAUCCAAAAAAUGUCCAAAAAGAUUAUGAAGACACUAGAAAAAACCAAAUUUAAGGAUACUAAUAUAAUUGCUGUGGCCGCAUCACCAAAUGAUACAGAAACAGCUUUGGGUAUCAGUAAUCUCAUUGAUACUCUUAGAAGUAAGGUAUUUAUUCCUUUGCGUUCUGAUAAGGAUCCUUUUAUUUUUGCCGUAGACCACUGUUUUGCUAUAAAGGGUCAAGGUACUAUAAUGACUGGUACUAUUCUUCAAGGUAGUGUAUCUGUAUCAGAUCACAUAGAAAUACCAUCAAUUAAAGAAACUAGGAAAGUUAAAAGUAUUCAGAUGUUUAAAAAGCCUGUUACUAAAGCCAUGCAAGGUGAUAGAGUCGGGAUAUGUGUCACCCAAUUUGAUGCAAAGCUUCUAGAACGAGGAGUGAUAUGUGCUCCCGGAUAUAUGGAAGCAGUUGAUGCAGCAAUUGUAUCUGUUGCUAAAAUUCCAUAUUUUAAAGGAAAUUGUACAACGAAUUCUAAAUUCCACGUCAGCAUUUUACAUGACACCUUAAUGGCAAAAUGUUCAUUUUUCGGUCUGUUAGAUUGUGAUUCAGAUUGUAGUGCUGAUACUUUUAAUUAUAAUUUAAAUUAUGUUCAUCUUGAUAGCAUAGAACCUAAACUAACUGAGGAGAAGGAUACAAAGCAGAACGCUGAAUCAAUAUUUGCUCUUCUGCAGUUUGAUAGAUCGGUUAUUUUGAAUGAAAAUAGCACAUACAUUGCUUCAAGACUCGAAACCGAUAUUCAUGCUAACUUGUGUAGGUUAGCAUUCCACGGUAAAAUAUUAUCAGCUCGUAAAUCAGAUACUGAAAUUUUCAGCAGUUUGAAAGUAUAUAAUGAAAAAAUGAAAGAAGGAGUUGUGGACAGGAUGGUGAAUGAUUAUCAAGUCAUUGUGCGUGACCUCUUUAAAAAAGAGACAAAUAUACAAAUUUUUAUCAAUUUGAAAGUGACACUUUCUACGGGAGAAGCGGGUGUUAUUGAAGGUUCUUUCGGACAGAGUGGAAAGGUUAAUGUUCGCAUACCAAAUGGGCUAAACACCGAUACUAAAAGCCAACUCAGUCAACAAAAAAAGGAUAAAACAAUUCAGAAUAACCCUAUUAGGGUAACUUUAAAAUUUAAAAAGUUUUUAUAUGGUACAAAGAAAAAUAUUUUCCAGACUUAAUUUUA